CUCGCUCGCUCACUCACACGCCCGGCGUGAAUCUCAGCACUGGCAGCACUGCUCGCGGUACGAUAUGAGGCUACAGUGAACGCGUGUGGCACCGGGGGCCGUUAUGAGUGGGAAGAGCCUCUUGCUGAAGGUCAUUCUCCUGGGGGACGGCGGCGUGGGCAAAAGCUCCCUCAUGAACCGCUACGUGACCGACCGCUUCGACUCGCAGUCGUUCCACACCAUCGGUGUGGAGUUCCUCAACCGCGACCUGGAGAUCGACGGUCGGCUGGUCACCCUGCAGAUCUGGGACACGGCGGGCCAGGAGCGCUUCAAGAGCCUGCGCACACCCUUCUACCGCGGGGCGGACUGCUGCCUGCUCACCUUCGCCGUGGACGACCUGCAGAGCUUCCAGAACCUGGGCUGCUGGAAGCAGGAGUUCAUGUAUUACUCAGACGUACGAGACCCGGAGCGCUUCCCCUUUGUGGUGCUGGGAAACAAGGUGGACAAGGAGGAGCGGGAGGUCGGCGAGGAUGAGGCCCGGGCUUGGUGUGAGGAAAACUGCUGCUGUCCGUACUUCGAGACCAGCGCCAAGGACGACACGAACGUGGGGGCUGCUUUCGAGGCUGCUGUCCAGGAAGUUCUGGCCAGCGAGGACCCCAUCGCCCACACCCUGCUGAGCCGCUCCAAGUGGCUCGCUCGUCCUGCUGUUGAGGUGCCUUGUGGCUUCAUAGCUGUGGACCUACUCUCUCUUGCUGAUGAGAGCUUUCUGUGUAGGUACAAUGUAACAGAGUUACCAAACAGUAAAGGUAUUCACACAUAUCUGGCACACAUAACAUAUUCCAUGACGGUUUCCCAGUCGAAGGCUUGUCUGCUCGUGGCGUGGUGUUUAAUGAUAGCUUCAUGUCCUGGACCGCAGAUCUAG